AUGGAGACUUGUUUUGGUAAAAAUGUCAUUUUUGUUUGGGUUGUGGCCAUGGCUUUAUCUCCUUCGGCUUGUGGUCAAGGAUGCAGCAAACAACAGACGAGAGCUCUUUUGGAGAUUGCAAACUCCACAAUUAAUGGUUCAUCCCUUCUUGCUGGUUGGGACGGAAUGGAUUGUUGUGAAGCGACUGGAAUCAAGUGUUCGGGUAGAAAUGGGGGAGUUAGCACAAUAUAUUUGGACGGGGAGUACUACGCUUCAUCAAGAAGUAGAUGGUAUCCAAAUGUAAGCUUGUUCACCUUAUUUGAUCAACUCCAAGAACUCUCAAUUGGUAACAUGCAAAUUGGAGGAGGGCUUCAACCUUUUUGCGAACUCAAGGGAUUAAAACAUCUUUACUCUUUGCGUCUUUGGAAUAGUAGCUUGGAAGGCGUUAUUCCCUCUUGCCUUGGGAUGAUUGGAAACCUUCAAAAACUUAUUCUAUCAGAUAAUCGUCUUUAUGGUAAUCUACCGUCAUCAAUAUUCUCCAAACAAAGCAAUAUUGUGGUGUUUGAUGUUUCGGCCAAUCAAUUAGAUGGGGUUUUAUCAUUUUCUACUUUUGCCAAUGCUUCAAGUCUCAAAUCCCUUGAUCUUUCAAGCAACUACAAUUUGGAAGUUGAAACCGAAUCUCCCUCAUGGAUUCCAACAUUUCAGCUAACUUAUCUGAACUUGGCAAAUUGCAGCCUCAACAAGAAGAAUGGUCAUGUUUUCCCAAGCUUUAUCUCCGCACAAGAUUCCUUGGAAUGGCUAGACUUGUCUCAAAACUUAAUAGAGGGAAGCAUACCUUGUCAGUUGCUAUUCAACAUGAGUAUCAAAGGUUUAUCCUUGAGAAGUAACAAAAUUGAUGGUUAUCUUUUUCUUGGUUGCUUUGCUAAUAAAACUUCAUCACUUCAAAUCUUCGACAUAUCAGACAAUCAGGUCAAAGGUUCUAUUCCCGAAAAUAUUGGACAUCUUUUGCCAAACUUAUACUAUGUUGACAUCUCCUCAAAUGCAUUAGAGGGCAUCAUUCCUUGGUCUUUUGCUAAUUUGUCUUUUCUAGCAUUAGACCUUUCUAAUAACAUGCUUUCAGGGACAAUACCGCAAAGUUUGACUAGAGAUGGCACCCCACUGGUAUAUCUAAAUCUAUCAAAUAAUAAAUUGAAAGGAGAAAUGCUCCCAAGAGACUCCAACAUGACAAGUUUGGAGUGCUUACAAUUUAGCGGCAAUCAAUUUGAAGGAAUGAUCUCACCCGCGAUAUCAAACAGCCCCUUUCUAGAAAUCCUAGAUAUUCAAAACAAUAACUUGUCUGGUAAUAUUCCAAAGUGGUUGUAUGAUUAUCCUUUCUUGGUGGCAGUUCUUUUAAGUGGAAAUCACUUUGAAGGUCACCUACUCCGAAGAAUGUGUCAAAUGGAAAGUUUGCAAAUUUUCGAUAUCUCUGAUAAUCAUAUUUCAGGAGGUAUUCCCUCCUGCCUUGAUAACAUUACAUUUUGGAAGAAGAGUUCUCCAAGCUCUAAUGGCUCAAACCUUUUCAUAGAAAAAGAUCAACUAUAUUACCUGGUACAUUCAAGUAGAUGGCCUAGAGGCUGCUUUAAAUUAGAAAUUAAAACGUCCUUGCGAAUAAAACAUAAGGUAUAUGCUUACGAAGGUAUCCCACUCUCAUUGGUGACUAUAAUUGACAUGUCAUCUAACCAAUUGACAGGUAACAUUCCUUUUGAAAUGGGAGAAUUGUCACAGCUUCGGUCCUUGAACUUGUCGAAUAAUUUUCUAACAGGCCCCAUUCCAAAUUCUUUUAAAAACUUGAAAAACGUGGAGAGCUUGGAUCUUUCCCACAACAAGUUGAGUGGAGAAAUCCCUUUUGAAUUUGUUGAAGUGACUUCUCUAUCAGUAUUUAGUGUUGCCUAUAACAAUCUUUCCGGAAGAGUCCCAUUUGAGCGGCAGUUCUCAACUUUCGAGACGCAAUGCUAUGAUGGAAAUCCAAAUCUCUGUGGAAACCCUCUGAAAAGAAACUGCUCAAAUACAAACCAACUUGAACAUGGACAUGAGGAUGAAAAGGAAGAGACUAGAAUAAUCGAUAGCCCUUUAUUUUUCUAUGCAUUUGUUGUUGUCUCUUAUGCAUUCGGAUUUUGGGUUUUCUUUGGGAUCCUAAUCAUUAAGAAGAAUUGGAGGCAUAUCUAUUUUAGAGCUGUGGACAGAAUUAUUGAGUCAUGUUUUGAAAUACUCUCCAAGUAUCGGAGAUUCACAACCAUAUAUAUAUGA